UCCUUAGUAAGGCAAAAAAGAGCGUUUCAAUCGGUUAGAGGGUUUUGUCAGUGCAGAAACUGUAGUGUCCAGAUUCAUCAAAAAAUCUGACAACUUUGAAAGUUUAGCUUAUAGGCAUCAAUCGGAGUCUAACGUGAAAGCUUUUGCUUCGUUGUUUUUUUUUUUUUUAAUCACAUACGUUGCGGCAUUGACUGCCUUUUACCGUAGUGUAACUGAGAUCUUAGAGAAAUGUUUCGUCUUCAAACGAUUGGAAGAGGAUCUCUCUGUAGCGGCAUUUUAGAACAGUGUUCAUCUGAAUUCACCACAAAGACACUGCGGCACUUGUCGUCGGUAUGGAAACCAUCGCGGGAUAUUGAAGUGGAGGGAGUAAAAAGUCUGAGUACUGCUGAGGCAUCGGCAGUCAUGCCCAAAGAUGAAAAUGGAAGGAUCCGGGAUAGGAUAUUGACACUUGAAACGAUGAGCCCGUUGGUGAAAGCCGUGGAGUACGCUGUUCGCGGUCCAAUCGUUAUUAAAGCCGGGGAAAUUGAAAGGGAGCUUAACCAGGGAAUUAAAAAGCCAUUCACGGAAGUAAUUAGGGCUAACAUUGGAGAUGCUCAUGCUAUGGGCCAAAAGCCAAUUACCUUUCUUCGGCAGGUAGUUGCUUUGAGUACAUUUCCGGAGUUACUAGAAAGUCCGUCUUUUCCAGAAGAUGCCAAGAAGAGAGCUCGCAGAAUACUACAGGAUUGUGGAGGCAAUAGUUUAGGAUCAUAUAGUGCAAGUCAGGGGUUGGAAAUUAUACGUGAAAAUAUUGCAACAUACUUGGAGCACAGAGAUGACGGCAUUCCUGCUGAUCCCAAUAAUAUUUGCCUCACUACUGGGGCCAGUGAUGGCAUUAUGAGUAUUCUGAAGUUGCUAGUUACAGGAGAUGGUCUGUCACGCACUGGUGUGAUGAUUCCUAUCCCUCAGUACCCCUUGUACUCUGCAGCAAUAUCUGAACUAGGUGCAGUCCAAGUGAAUUACUACCUUGAUGAAGAUAACUGCUGGGCACUUGAUGUUAGUGAACUACAUCGAGCAUUGAGUUCUGCCAGGAAGUAUUGCACCCCAAAAGUAUUAUGCAUCAUUAACCCAGGAAAUCCAACAGGUCAAGUGCAAAGCAGAAAAUGCAUUGAGGACGUUAUUCACUUUGCUUAUGAGGAGAAGCUUUUCAUUCUGUCUGAUGAGGUUUAUCAGGACAACAUUUAUUCUCCAGAUUGUCAGUUCCAUUCUUUUAAGAAGGUUCUCUUUGAAAUGGGACCAGAAUAUUUCAACAAUGUUGAACUAGCAUCUUUUCAUUCCACUUCUAAAGGCUACAUGGGCGAAUGUGGCUUCAGGGGUGGUUUUAUGGAAGUGGUCAACAUGGAUCCUGACGUAAGGACUCAGAUGAUCAAGCUUCUUUCUGUCCGCUUAUGUCCUCCUGUGUCUGGCCAGGUGGCUAUGGAUGUUGUAGUGAACCCCCCACAGCCAGGGGAACAAUCCUUUGAACAGUUUGCAAAGGAAAAGAAAACAGUUCUAAGAGAGCUUGCCAGAAAGGCCAGGCUGACUGAGGAGAUUCUGAACAGUGUUCCAGGAAUAAAGUGUAAUCCAGUUCAAGGAGCCAUGUAUGCCUUCCCAAGAAUUUUUAUUCCACCCAAAGCCAUCCAAGAGGCCAAGGCACUUGGUAUGGCUCCAGACAUGUUUUACUGUUUACAAUUAUUAGAGGAAACAGGCAUAUGCGUCGUUCCUGGCAGUGGAUUUGGACAAAAAAAUGGAACAUACCAUUUUAGAAUGACCAUUCUUCCUCCAGUAGAAAAACUGAAACUGUUGCUAACUAAGGUCAAGGAGUUCCAUAUUAACUUUUUACAGCAGUAUGCUUCAUCCGAGUCGACUUCAAGAUGAAUGGUGGAAACUAAAAAAAAAAUCUUUUUUUACUCUUGGAAUACUAUGCAGAAUUAUGUUGGUUAGAAGGUCUUAUUAACAAAUGACAAUGUAGCCUCGUUUAACUUUUAAAAUUUAAAAAUUAUGCUAAUUAUUCACACACCCCCUACAAAGAUGCAUGGUGUCUGCCCUCAUGAUUCUAAAGAUAUACUUAAAUGCAAACCUUCUAUUUUAUUGUUCAGUACAUUGCAAAAAACUGUCUUAUGAAAGCAUCCAUGGUUUAUGAGCCUAGGUGCAUGUAAUGUUUCUAGAAAUAUGCUACAAUUCUGUAAAGCAGCUUGGUGAAAUUGUAAAAGUCCGAAUUUUAUUUUAAAAAAAAAAGACAAAAGAAGAAAAUAAACUACAGCACUCCACAUUAUUAUGAAAUGCUUGUAAACAGGAUCAUGUAAAUUAUGAAAUGCUGUUAUUUUUUAAUCAAUUUAAAUGCUUUAACUGCUUGCUUAUUUUUAUAUUGGCUAACACAAAGUAUUUCCUACAGCUAGGCUAUAGGUUAGUUAUAUAAACCUUUUCUAUAUUGUGCCUACUAAUAUUUAAUAAUUGUGUGCCAUAUAUUUUACCAUUUUAAAAAUUAAUAAUUAACUAGCAAAACAGACAAAAAUAAAUAAAAACCAAUUGACUGGAUGAACAGAACUUGCAAACUUCCAAGCAAACACCCAGACAAUACCGUACAGCAUAUGUUUGCAACAGGCCUGUUAAUAUGAAACAAUAUCUAGGCUUUAAAGUUGGUUUUAUGCAAAAGAGAAAACUUUUAAACAUAGUUGUAGUUUCUACUAAAAACAAUGCCUUAACCAGCGGUUGGUGUAUGAAACUGGAUCAGAAAACAUAAUGUUAAAGAUAUAACAGUUUGGCUAGCCCUGUGGCUGUAGUGAAACAGAAAUAAUAUAUGUGUAUGUAUCUGCUAAGAGCACUUUGUACAAUGGUUUCCAAGAAGGAAAAAUAAAAUACAUAAAGAGAAAGUAAGUAACUGCAUACAUAGCGUGAUAUCUGUUAAAUAUUAUACUGUAAUGUAUACAUUACUUGAAAUUUCUAUUUGCUAUUUGUUAAGCCUAUCAGAAACAUAUUGAUUUAAAUAAUUAUUUUAUGGGAUAAAUAUAUUAAAACAAAUGCACUUAUGUUAAAGUGUUUCUGUACUGCUACAGAAAUAGAAAUACUUUUCUUGGCCAAGGAAUCAUGAGACCAGAGCACUAAUCUUGGAGGUCAGCAAAGGCAAAUAAUGUAGCAGAAGGUGCUGAACACUAAAACACUUAUUAACUGGCAUGGAUCCUGUAAUUCUUAGUUGUUGUGACCUUUGACUGGUUCUCUGGUUCAAGCCAUACACAUCUAUUUGUUUUGCCAGACACUAAUAACUAGUAAUAUCAGUUCAUGAAAAAGGAAUUCAAUCAAAAAAGUAAGCAAAAACACAAAUUAACAAUGCUAUUUUCUAGUACAGAGUCAUUUACUAAUCUAUAUAU